AUGAGGGAAAAGAUGAGGGCUGUUGAAGAAAGGGAGCGUCCUUUGCCUGUUACUUUGAUGAGAAGGACAAGGAAUCUCGAGUCCUAUGGUUCUGAAAGGACUUCGAUCUUACAAGAUAAGGGAUUUAAUGGAGCAAUUGUGGUAACACAGUGCAAAAACAUUGGGGAGAGGAACUUUGAACUUAAUGUUCCAUUGCAGACUGAAAGAGCUUGUGAAAAUGGUAGCCAUGUGCUUAGCUUUGAUCCUUUGGUGCUGCAGGCUCUAUAUAAGUCAUUGGUUGAGGUUCGGGGUAGGAUUUAUCACAUGGCAAAAGAUCAACAUGGUUGUCGCUUCCUGCAGAAGAAGUUUGAUGAAGGGUCAUUUGAAGACGUGCAACUCAUUUUUAAUGAAAUUAUUGACCAUGUUGUUGAGCUGAUGAUGAAUUCCUUUGGAAAUUAUCUAAUCCAGAAAUUGUUGGAUGUCUGCAAUGAUGAACAAAGAAUGAGGAUUGUACAUGUGGUGACCAAAAACCGUGGAGAACUUGUCAAAAUUUCUUUGAAUACACAUGGUACACGAGUGGUGCAGAAAUUGAUCGAGAGCCUUAAAUCAAGGAAGCAGAUCUCAUUGGUUAUUCGAGCUCUUGAACCAGGAUUUAUUGAUCUUAUUAAGGAUCUUAAUGGGAAUCAUGUUGUCCAGCGUUGCUUGCAAUGCCUUAGCAGUGAUGAUAAUAAGUUCAUCUUUGAUGCGGCUGCAAAGUUCUCUGUUGAGAUUGCUACUCAUCGGCAUGGGUGUUGUGUUCUUCAACGUUGUAUUUCUCACUCCACUGGUGAACAUCGGCAGAAGUUGUUAGAACAAAUAUGUAGCAAUGGCCUUAUUCUUGCUCAAGAUCCUUUUGGAAACUAUGUUGUGCAGUACAUCCUCGAGCUAAAAAUUCCAUCUGCGGCAGCACAGCUGGUUUCUCAAUUAGAAGGGAACUUUGUGCAUCUCUCCAUGCAGAAAUUUAGCAGCCACGUGGUUGAAAAAUGCUUCAAGUUUUAUGAGGAAAGCCAUGCAAGGAUUGUGUAUGAAUUGCUAUCAGUUUCUCAUUUUGAGCAACUUGUGCAGGAUCCUUAUGCUAACUAUGUCAUUCAGUCAGCACUUGAAAACCAAG